AGAUAGAAUUCCUUGAAACGAGCCCUCCCCUUCCUCGUACCGCCAACCAAUUUGCACCCUGACAUGGCGGCUCCUAGCAGUAUCUUUCACCAGGCCAGCCAAUUCCAAGUGCACCAUUCACAGUUCAACAACGCACGCACCAUCUACAAUAUUUCACGGAACGACAAUGAACCUUUGCCCAUUCUGAGGCUACUCCGGCACUGCACGAUAGAGGCGACGCACGAAUCAUCAACUGCAACAUAUGCGCCCAAGUGCAAGCCGGGGACACGGCUCCAGGUUAUCGGCGACAUUCAAAGCACAAUAUCUGACGUCAAGCCUCUAGUAUGGGUCUCAGGGCCUGCUGGAGGUGGCAAGACGUGUAUUCAGAGAGAGGUCGCUCGAAGAGCUCAAGAAUAUGGCGACUUGGCAGCAUCCUUCUUCUUCUCUACCAGGGUUCCGAAGCUGGACAACGAAACGUCAUUUGUUGCAACCAUCGCAUACCAGCUUACGAAGACACUGCCUGGCUACAAGGAGGUACUGGUGCAGGCACUAUCGGACCACCCAGGCGUAUUUGAAGAAUCGUUGGAUGUCCAACUUGACGUCCUCAUUCUCCGGCCGCUUUCACAGCUGGAGAUUGAUUUACGAAGAUCUCCACGACUCAUCACAAUUGACGGCCUGGACGAAUGUCGUGAUGCCAAAGAGCAGAGACAUCUCCUACAUGUUCUCCAUACCCUUGCAACCAACCCAUAUUAUCAAUUUCGUAUCGCUGUGUCAAGUCGCCCAGAGUACGACAUCCGGACGGUCUUCUCAGGGGAGCUAUUGGGACCUAUAACAGCAGUCAUUCGCUUGGAGAAAUACGACGGAAGCAACGAUAUACGAAUCUAUCUGAUCGACGAGUUUGCGAGGAUAAGGGAGGAGCAUCCAUGCAGAGCCUCAAUCCCCGAAUCCUGGCUAACAGAAGAAGUCCUGGAGAUUCUCGUCAAGAAAGCCUCAUCGCAAUUCAUAUUCGCAUCGACUGUCGUUAAAUACAUCGGCAACCCGCGACGGAACCCCAUCAAGUCCUUGAAACUCGUAUUGGAGUGCACAAAGGACACGGGCGAUAGUCACCCUUUUGCAGACCUCGACACACUUUACCGACUCAUACUCCACCCCCAGUCUGUGUCCGUUGACCUUUUGCGGCGGUUGCUCCACUUUAUACUCGAGCUCUCAGGCAUGCAAGAAGGUGCCCUCGUCGAUGGCCACGCACCUGGAUACCCAAGCCUAAUUGAUGAAUUCCUCGGACUCGAUCCAGGCACCACAGAACUCACUUUCUGCGACCUCCACUCUGUGAUCUCAAUACCAAUCAGCUAUAGCGGUCGGUAUAUCAGUUUCCAUCACAAGAGCAUGGAAGAUUUCCUUCGUUCCCAAGAGCGCGCGGGAGACUUGUACCAGCCGGACGAAACCACCCAUCUUGACAUCGCCGAAAGAUGCGUUCACCACUUGCAAGAGUGGUACUCCAGUCUCGGGAAGGGCCCUUUCCGUCAUACAGUUAACCUGUCGUUCUCAGCCAGGUAUUGGGCGACUUACAUGAUGAAGAUUACGAAUGGUAGACCCCUCGUUGGAUCGGUGCCUUUGCUCCAUUUCAACCCAACCAUCCCCAUCGUCGUCCAAGCAUCGUUUCUAGCGACCCCGUCUGACAGAAUGUCAAGAGCCGAGAGGUUGUUUGCAUCGUUCAAGGUCCUACGGGAGGGAAUCCAUAGAACUACGCUUUUUGGCUUCAGUGUAAAGGCCGCCACCGGUGCAUACCGUUAUGCAAGAGCCUCCAAAACGUCUGCCACCGGAAGGACAGGAUGGUUUGCAUGGUUUCGACGGAGAACUUUCGGGGCAUCAUGUCUGACAAAGAGGCCAUCGGGCUCUGGGAGGAGUUACAAGACGAAUGUACUCGUCACCGUGGCUGGCUCAGAAGGAUAUUCUUGGGAACGUAGCUCUCUUGACGCUAUCCUGUUUUCGUCUCUUGCCAAGUCCCAAAUUUGA